AUGGAUUCGAAUAACUGCAAGGACAAUACCGAAAGUAAAAAGUCGAAAUCUAAGAAGAGCUCCGGCGAGAAAGUCUCCGCGUCAUCAAAAACAUUCGCAAAAUUUUUGAAAAUGCCACUGAAAAGCAGUCGUGAAGCAAUCUACAAACUAACCCAUCCACAAAUUGACGUGGAGUCAACCUGCGAAUCUGAUGGGCUGGCACCUGUGAAAUUCAAAGAACUCGAAAUAACGCCUCCUGAAGAGGAACUCAAGAAAGCCUCAAAAGAAGACCUAAAACAACCGUUCAAACGCAUUGAACCG